UUGGUUAGCUACUAUUAUUACUACUACACCUACGUUCCAUCCCUAUGCUAUAAAUACUUUGUCCUAUAUAUUCAUCUAACAUUCUCCAACUAGCUAACAAUAUUCACUCACCUCGUGUCUGAUUUUACGAGGGGACUUCCCAUUUCUUCAUCUUAGAGAUCUCAGUUGACUUGGCAAAAUGACUACUGGACAACUUUUUUCCAAAACUACACAAGCUUUGUUCUACAACUACAAGCAACUUCCUAUUCAGCGCAUGCUUGACUUUGAUUUCCUUUGUGGGAGGGAAACACCAUCUGUUGCUGGAAUUAUUAAUCCUGGUUCUGAGGGAUUCCAGAAACUUUUCUUUGGUCAGGAGGAAAUUGCAAUCCCAGUACACUCAAACAUUGAAGCCGCCUGUGCUGCACAUCCCACGGCUGAUGUUUUCAUAAACUUUGCGUCUUUCAGAAGUGCUGCUGCUUCCUCCAUGUUGGCUCUUAAACAGCCAACCAUCAAAGUUGCAGCUAUUAUAGCUGAAGGUGUUCCUGAGUCGGACGCUAAGCAGCUGAUUGCUUAUGCAAAGGCAAACAAUAAGGUGGUUAUUGGUCCAGCUACUGUUGGAGGAGUUCAAGCUGGUGCUUUUAAGAUUGGUGAUACUGCUGGAACAAUUGAUAACAUUAUUCAGUGCAAACUUUACCGACCUGGAUCUGUGGGUUUUGUCUCAAAAUCUGGCGGUAUGUCUAAUGAAUUAUACAACACAAUUGCUCGUGUGACCGAUGGAAUUUAUGAAGGAAUUGCAAUCGGGGGAGAUGUUUUCCCUGGCUCUACCCUUUCUGAUCAUGUUUUGCGCUUCAACAAUAUCCCACAGGUUAAAAUGGUGGUUGUUCUUGGGGAACUUGGUGGACGAGAUGAAUAUUCCUUGGUUGAAGCCUUGAAGCAGGGAAAAAUCAACAAGCCUGUUGUUGCCUGGGUUAGUGGAACUUGCGCUACGCUCUUCAAGUCAGAAGUGCAAUUUGGUCAUGCGGGUGCAAAGAGUGGUGGUGAAAUGGAGUCUGCACAAGCAAAGAAUCAAGCACUCAGGGACGCUGGAGCUGUAGUUCCAACCUCAUAUGAAGCUUUUGAAGGAGCAAUCAAAGAAACUUUUGAAAAGCUAGUUGAAGCAGGAAAGACUACUCCUGUAAAGGAAAUUACACCUCCUCAAAUACCUGAGGAUCUUAGCACGGCAAUCAAGAGUGGGAAAGUUCGGGCCCCAACUCAUAUUAUUUCCACAAUAUCUGAUGAUAGAGGUGAAGAGCCUUGCUAUGCUGGCGUACCCAUGUCAUCCAUUGUGGAGCAGGGACUUGGUGUUGGUGAUGUAAUAUCCCUCUUGUGGUUCAAACGUAGCCUACCACGUUAUUGCACACGUUUUAUUGAGAUAUGUGUCAUGUUGUGUGCUGAUCAUGGUCCUUGUGUUUCUGGUGCACACAAUUCUAUUGUAACUGCCAGGGCUGGAAAAGAUCUGGUUUCCUGCCUUGUUUCUGGAUUGCUGACUAUUGGUCCACGAUUUGGUGGUGCUAUUGACGAUGCUGCCCGGUACUUCAAGGAUGCUUAUGACAAGGGUCUUUCUCCAUAUGAGUUCGUGGAAAGUAUGAAGAAGAAGGGAAUUCGAGUGCCAGGAAUUGGCCACAGGAUUAAGAGAGGUGACAACAGAGAUAAGAGAGUGGAACUACUGCAGCGUUAUGCUAGAGAAAAUUUCCCAUCUGUUAAGUACAUGGAAUAUGCUGUUGAGGUUGAAACUUACACACUCUCAAAGGCAAACAACCUAGUCCUCAACGUCGAUGGUGCCAUUGGAUCCCUCUUCUUGGAUCUCCUUGCGGGCAGUGGAAUGUUCACCAAGCCAGAAAUUGAUGAAAUAGUGGGUAUUGGUUACCUCAAUGGACUUUUUGUGCUGGCUCGUUCAAUUGGGCUUAUAGGGCACACAUUUGACCAGAAGAGAUUGAAGCAGCCUCUGUACCGUCACCCAUGGGAAGAUGUCCUCUACACCAAGUGAAGAGAAAAGUUGCCUGCUCCAAAUCUACAGUUCUCAUUCAAACUAUUUGGUUAGCCAUUUGUCGAGUGUGAGUGGUUCAUUUGUUAGACUAGUGUUUCUACUACUCCGAAGGGCUCCAAUGAGCAUUUCAUUUUGUAACUUCUUAGCGAGAUCCCUACGAGGCAAUUAUCAUUUAUGAUCAGUUUUUAGCUCCACGGCGCAAGUGUUUUUCCCCCCUCUUUUCAUGUCAUAAAGAAAUAAAACAUUCUAUUGUUGUACCUUUGUUCACCUGAUUUCAAAUGUCUUUACAAGGA